GGUUUCUUCGCGUCUUACAGGUUGGACUCGGACAACCUCAAGGGACAUUGAGUGCUGAAAAUUAAACUGUCGUCUCUAACUUCACUUUUCAACAUGUCUCGGCGUAAGAAGAAGUCACUUUUUACGCGUAAAAAAGUAUCAAAACCAAAGUAUACAAUCGGCAUACCCGCCGACAGCGAAUGGAAAACAAUGCCAGAUUUUGCUUCGUUUAUAGUUGCUGAUGAAGAGGGGAACCAGCAUCGAUUUUCUAUCGGGGAAACCGCAUUUAUUCUACCGGAAGGGGUGCUUCCGGACAAAUUACACCAUCCAACUGCGUAUUGGAUUGGUAGAAUUAAAGAAAUCAGGGCAAGAAACGACGAAGAUGUAUGGGUUCUCGUACAGUGGUACUGGUCGCCUCAGGAAGUCAACUCUGUAAUCAAGUCUUUUGAUGUCAGUGGCUGUGGUCAAUAUGAACGGAUCAUGUCAGAUUACUAUGAUUAUGUAUCUACAGCAAGUUUCUGUGAUCAUGCAACUGUCAUGAGAUAUGAUGAACGUUCUAUCGACCAAGAGGUGUUCGACUCUGAUGAUUUCUUCUGUCGAUUCGAUUUGGAAUACCGCGCUCGGAAAAUUCUCCCGAAUAUUACACGUACUGCUUGUUGCUGCGGUGUAUCUUACAAUCCCGAUCGAGACCCAGUAAUGCAUUUCUGCCCGCGUCCAGCUUGCUGUGCAGCCUACCAUCAAGAAUGUCUGCAAAGACCGACACAAAGAUUAGAUGCAGCUGCCAGGGCCCGAAAGUUUAUCGAAAGUUGGCCUGAUACAGAUGAACAGCUAUCUAUCGAAGACUUGGUCGGCUCACGACCAUGCCGUAAAAGGAGAAAGGGACCUGAAUCUUCGAUCUCAGAUCCACUUGAGGAAUUGCCGGAAAAGCUUGUGAAGGCGGCUCAGCAACAGAUUGUGAAAGGCGUGCAAGCGGGGGGCGUCGUCGGGAAUGUGAAAGCGGUUGUGGCGGCCCGCCAAUUGAUCUACCGCAGCUUGCUUGACGGUUCUUUACCUACUGACUGGGAGGAUAAGGUGGACAUUGAAGCAGCUAUUCCCCCGAAGAGGAAAAGCUCUCCCGUGUUUGUGUGCCCCCAGUGCCAAAGUCUUAUUUGAAUUACGAGGCGUUCUCACAUUGAUAUCCUACUCAUUCAUACUUUUCAUCCCGCACUGAUCUAGACAAUUACCCAUGUAGCAUAUGCAUACCUACACUAUAUUCCGUAUAACAAUGAUCCUUAGGGGUAUA